GUACUAUACCUUCUUUUUCAUUGAGAUAGUGAAGUGUUGUACACGUCUUCUGUAUAGAAGUGUACGACCACGAAACUGUUUUCUAAAUGUAAACAUGGGAGGUAUUUAGAUUGGCAUGGGAACUAUUAGGACUGCCAGUAAGUCAAAUGGAAUGGCAGCAGAUUCCGCCGCCACCUCAUUACCAGGAACAUCCUCCGGGGUCUUAUUAACAGGAGAAAUCCUUGGUAUUGUGAUUGGUAGUUUGAGUGGUGUCCUCGUUCUGGUUGCUGUUGUCGUUGUUGUUGUCAUCUACAGAAAACACCAAAGAAGGAAAGCAUGGAACUUUGAAUAUUACGAUUUAGACGACGAAUCGACCUCUAAAUCAGCACCAAUUUCUAGGUCAGCCUCUCCAAAAUUUCCAAAGAGAAAAUCAUGUCCUGAUAUACAUGCGGAUGCACGGAAUGUUAUGGUACGAUCAGCUACAUCUGCAUGUGUACCCGACUUCAUUCUGCCUCCUGAACGAAUACAACCCUAUUCAGACCAUGCAAGUGGGCAGAUUAACUUCCUGUCACCCGAAAACUGUGUUGGUAUCAGACCAGAUUUAUAUAGGCCCUCAAGUGAAUCAGACGACGACUCUGGAGUUUUCCCGCCAAGUGAACAUGGUAGAAUAUGGUUUACCCUGGUGUACGAUGGAGCUGUAGAACAACUGAAUGUGAAACUAGUAAAAGUCAAAGAACUACCAGGUCGUAGAAAUGGCCAACUGAGAGACCCAUUUGUGAGAAUAUUUUUACUACCAGAUGAAAGGAAUUCAAAAACAUCAAAAGUAAAGAAGAAAACCUUAACACCUAUCUACAACGAAACAUUCAUUUUCCAGCUGUCGGCAGUUGAUAUAGACAAAUGUACAUUGAGAUUUUCUGUGUAUGAUGUGGACAGACGUCGCUUGAGGCACGUCCUUGGUCAUGCCUUUAUUCCUUUAUGCGAGAUUGACAAGACAAAAGUUGUCACAAUGUGGCGAGACUUGGAACCCAACUCUCACAUAUGUAAUGCCCUAGGAGAUAUACAUAUAGGACUCUGUUACCUCCCAAGCAACGACAAGAUCAAAGUUAUCAUUCUGAAUGCACGACAUCUGCGUCAUUUGGAUUAUGACAUGAUAAACGGUAUUUAUGUCAAAGUUCAGAUGAACCAUGCUCGUCGACCUUACAAAUCAAAGAAAACAAUGGUCAGACCUACUGCUGAGGACCCAACGUUCAAUGAAGCCUUCUCCUUCUGUACAGCUGGACAGCCUAUUGAAACUUGUAAUUUUGUUGUGUCCAUCAUGGUCUGUCCCAAAAAAUAUUUAGGACAAAAUGAAAUCUACGGAAAAGCUAUCGUUGGAUCGUUCAUGUAUGCCCGAGGAGAGGAUCUAGUUCAUUGGCAGGAAAUGAUUUCUCAACCACGAUCUACUGUUAACAAAUGGCAUUCACUGACUUAUGAUAUCUAGGCCUCACAACCAUGUUUUACUGUUUGCAAAUGGCAUUCAAUAACCAAUGAAAUCUAGACAUUAUAUCAUGAUUGACAUGCUAUAUGCCCAUAAUGGUCACAAGUUUUCACUGUAUCAUUGUAGAAUCUCAGAUUAGUAUGUUUACA